GGAGGCAUCAGGGUAGCUUCUGUGAACACUCCGAGCUAGAUAACCUCCCUACCAGUAUUCAAAAACCCCCGUUACUCCUAUUCCGACAACACAGGAAGUCAUGGACCGAUACAGUCGUAGCCGUACUAGCUAGUACUGUAUGCAUACAUGUAGAUACAUAGUAUUACAUACAGUAUAACAUACUAGAGUACAUGGUGAGGCUUGACUUGGCACAAACCGCAAUUCAUUGACCGUUCCUGAAAGAAGCUUUCUCCGUUCCAAUGGGUGUCUUCGCAGCCUUCGCUGGUUGGUAGCAAGCUCUCUUUCAACAAGGUCAAAUCUGAUUUGCUGCCAAUUUCAACUUGCCUCGUGCGUGUCCUUCGCGGACUGAUGUCUGGUUUCUUCCAUCAUCUGAUGUUUUCCACGAAGCUUUGCUUGGGGUUCCAUUGGCGGCUGGUCUUGGUCGGCAUUCGGGGACGAACACUCAAAAUUCCUAAUACCGGCACUAGUCUAGCUAGCUAGUAGUAGCACUCAGGCUCUCUUUCUUACCCAAGUGUCGAAGUCAGUGGUCGUAUUGCAAAAGAUCACCAUGAGGAGAUAUUCAGUCGCCGUUGCUUCAGCCCUUGUUUGGCUCUGUCAAGGUGUCACGGCAUUCCUCCCGUCGCCUGGUACAACAGGCCAACGGUAUGAAGUGCAAUUGCCCGCCACGAUCGCACCAAAAGAAUCCCUCGAGGAGAACAUCAACCAGGACUUUUGGAUGUCGCUUCAAGAAAUCAAUCCCAUCAUCAAGCUUGGCAGUGAGCCAAAACAGAAGGUCAUCAACUCGUUUGGCUUGUUUUGUAUGGCUGUCUCUCUGGCGAUCUGUCCUAUCUGGCUAAUGGCACUCCAGGCGUGCGAGGCAAGCUACAAAGUCAUCGGAGAUGAUUGGGAUCCCAACCGCGAGUUCUUCGAUGGCCUUGGCAAGGUCUGGGCAAAAUCCUUCCUCACCCUCACUGGCAGCUAUCCUAGCUUCUCAGGAGAAGUGGAACUCCUGGAAAAGGGCCCCCACAAUCAACCGUGCUUGUUCGUCGCAAAUCAUGCGUCUUGGUUAGAUAUCCCUAUUCUCUGCACCUGCCUAGACCAGGUGUUUAAGUUUGUUGCAAAAGGAGAGUUGGGUAACAUCCCCUGCAUUGGACACCAGCUUUCUGGGGGACAACAUAUCCUGAUUGACCGGGAAGAUAGACGCUCGCAACUACGAAGCUUCAAACAAUCCAUUGGCUGGAUAAAGAAAGGAGUGCCCAUCAUGGCGUUCCCAGAAGGAAAGAGAUCCGACGAUGGGCGACUAUUGGAGUUCAAGGGAGGCCUCUUCGCAAUUGCAGUGAAAACUGGAGUCCCAAUCGUUCCCAUUACCAUCAGUCAUGCACAUGCUGUGAUGCCUUCUAACUCCCUCGUCCCUGUUCAACCAGGAGGCGGAAAACUUCACGUGCAUGUCCAUGGUGCCAUCCCAUCAGAGGGAAAGACAGAAGAGGACCUAAACCGGCUAGUGAAAGAUUGCUUUCUCGAGACUCUCCCCAAGUACCAGCAUCCAGCUAACUAAUGCAUUCCAAUCGCUAUAGCUAUUACCGCUAACAUCCUGCAUCUAGACUGAAUCUUUGUUUUUGCUC